AGCCUACUGUGAUUAUUUAAAGAUAAUCUGUAAAACAAAUGAAAGGGUUGAUUGCUGCUAAUUGUAUUGUCUGGUAAAGAUGCUGUAAGAUUGUUACUACCUAUCAUUAUCGUGGUAUCGACACUGACAGUCUUGUUGACUAGCUUUAGGCUAGAACAGUAGAAGUUGAAAUGGAAGUCUAUGAAGCGAUUGCUGAUUUUGUUCGCCCUACUGAAAACCCCUACCAAAAAUCUCCAGGCAGUUACAAUAAUGUUUUAGAAUUUUGCAAAGGAGACCAGUUUGAAAUAUUUCACAGUGGAACAUUAACUCAAUGGUGGGGUGCAAAAGCUCUAAAGGAUAGUACCACAGGCUAUGUUCCAGCCAAAUAUAUGAAGUAUGUGAAGAAAUUAGAUGGUUCUGAUAUACCAGAAAAUUACAUAAUUUUCGAACCAAUUUUCUUUUUGAAAACAUUGGAAUUAUUAACUACACGUACUAGUACCGGCAGCUUGAAUCUUGGUGCCACAAGUUUAGCUACUACAGUUUUAGGACAUGGUAACAUGGGGAUAUUUAUUUAUAAGAAAGGUAUGGUGAAGGUAGAAUGUUAA